AUGGAUUUCUUAUUGAACAAAUGGUUUUUAAAGAAGAAACAACGAAAAAUAAAUGAUUUACCAAAAUAUAUGCCAUUACAACCAUAUCGAUCGAUUCAUAUUGAUGAAUUAGCAGUACCAUCAAGUAUCGUUGAAUUAUUUCGUACUGCAGCACCAACAACAAAAUUUACAUUAUUUGUUCCUAUUGAUUAUCUUGAAGAAAAUGAUUAUAUACAAUUAGAAAUGAUUCAACAUUCAUUUUCAUUAAUGGUAUUCAUUCGACGUUCAAAUGCAUAUCCACCUGAUGUAUUGGAACAUAUACAACAGUUAUUUAAUCUCGUCAUGGAUUCAUCCAAUUGUAUUCAUAUCUGGGGAAAUAUGAAUAAUAUUAUUUCAACAUUAGAAAAUUUAGAAUUUUUCUUUCAUGACAUGUUUCAUCCUGUCCAUUAUAUCAAUAUACAAAAACAAUUUAAACAAUGGUAUAAUAGUACAUUUAUCCAUGGUUAUUAUUGUGAACAAAAUUUAAAAUUUAAUACAAUUGAUGGACCAUUAUGUUCUUGUUCUUAUCGACCAUUAAAAACAUUAAAUGAAGAAUGGACAAUUGAUCAAGCAAUUGCUUAUACAUUUACUGAAUAUUUGAAUAUUGAUAUUGCAGAUAAUAUUAGUUCUAAUCAGAUUUGUUCUGCAAUUAGUACAUUAUCAAUUGUACUUGAUCAACAAUGGACUCGUGAACAAGUUCAAAGUUAUAUUCAAGCACAUAUGAAUCUUCGUCAAAUACAUACAAAACGUUAA